AUGAGAAGAUGCGUACAUUAUCGCCUGAAGCAGAUGCAAGCAAAUAUGGGCCCGGUCGAGUUCGAGGUCUUGGUCGUUAUAAUUCCCGAAGUCGAUGAAGUUAUUCAAACAAGGAAAACACAUCAUACCACCAACAGUAGAAUAAUAAUGAAGGAAAAGGAAAAAGAAAAGUUGUGCAUAAUUCCCAAAAGAAAGAUGAUGAUGCUUGCUACAGAAACAAGUGGAAACAUUGAUCCCACAAUCAAUGAAGGAAAUGCCAAUGAUGAUGACAAGAUCCCGAAGGUUGUUGGAUCCGACUACAAGGCCUUGCAUUUGAAAGAUAGUUCCGGCCGUGAUGAGGUGAUACAGCGCUGGCCAUGGGGCCAUGUAGAGGUGCGGUGCGUGCGGUGCUCAGGACCAAGGGGUCGUGCAGUGGAGCCACGGUCUUGA